UGCACAUGGCUUCGCGCGAACUUGCGCGCAAAUUUUCAACUAAAUUGGAGUCGCGAAAUUGUACGAUUAUUUGAAUCUGUUUUAUCUGAAUUUGUUUUAAUCAUAUCACAUCUCUUGCUGGUUACACGGAGAGUUAACUAAACAUUUGAGAUAUUCUACCAUGAUGCCUUCCAAGCGAAACUACAGCGACACGAUCGAAGCUUUGAAAACUAUAAUCGCAGAGUCUUUGAAUUUUCCCGAGAAAAAGAAAGAAUUUUUAGAUGAAGGAUCUAUAGAGCUUAUUAUUGGUUUAUGUAACACAAAAACCAUUCCUUGGAGCCUUGGUGCAUAUUGUGCAGCUGCUCUCAGAGUACUUGCUUAUGGAAACUCAAAAGUGAAGGCUAAGAUUGUUGGACGAGGAGGAAUUCCUCCACUAGUGGAGCUCUGCAAUCCUGAACUAUCAUCUGAAGAUACAGACACAGAAGAAGAUGCACACUGGAGAUUUCUUGCUCAUGAACAAGCUGCUGCAGUCCUUCGUCUCAUCACAUUUCAGAGUAAUGCAUGUCAAACAGAGGUAGUUAGUGCUGGUGCAAUCAAAUAUCUUGUAAGACUGUGCGACACAUUCAACCCUCAGGGUUUCCAUAGUAACUGUUGUCAGCCACACUAUCAAUCCUCUAUUGACGCAGUGCAACUGCUUCAUGAGUUAACAAACAGGAAGAAANGUGGCUAGAGGGGAGAAUAAGCAAUCAGAUCUUGGGAGUUGUACGUAGGUUUAUUAAUUAAAAGUUUAAUUCGCAGAUCUUGUGACAUUGAUUUAUAUGAUACCUCAAUGGACUAUCAAGACAUAAGAAUCACAGAUGAGUUGAUAAAGAGCCGCUUAAUGUGGCCAAGUAUGUCCCUCAACGAAACUGACAGCUCAGAGGAUGAAGGAAAAGAUAUCAGAUUGAAGGAUGCAGAUGGGAGAUGGGCAGACAUUUACGUUACAGAAGUAAUUGAUGCAUGUCACUUUUGGGCCCACGUUGGAGGCAAACCAGUGAUUGAAAAGAUGGAAGCAGUGAAUAGAAAGCUGCUAUCACAGGAACAAACUCCUCUAGACAUCAUGCCAGAACCCGGAACAUAUGUCUGUGUAACAGAAAUUGUGGCAGGUCACCAAGAUUCUUACAGAGCUCAAGUCCUAUAUGCAGAUGAUAGCUCCAUUUGCAGUGUCGCUGUUCAGGUCUUUGCUGUUGACAAUGGUUUCACUAGAACUGUCUCAGCUAACUGUUUGUACAUUUUACCAGAGGAGCUAUUGGGGAUUCCUCCACAGGCAACCUUAUGCUGCUUGUCUGGAAUUCAACCACCUCCCAAAAGUGCAGAAGUAUUGGAACAUGCAGCUGGCACCCUAAGAAAUUUAUCCGAAGAUAAUAACUCAAACCGUCUUUAUGUUGCUGCUCAAGAAGGACUCGAGUACCUCAUCAAGAUGUUUGCCAGAGGUUUGUACAAGAUGAAGAGAUUCUUCUUCUAGCUGUUGGAGGCAUUCAAAACCUGGUUCGAGCUUCUUAUGUGAACCGCUGUCGCCUGGCGGACAGUAAUGGCUUGAUUGUACUGAGUCACAUUUAUUGUGCUUCGGAGAGUGAGGCAGUGAAGACCAGAUGCCUUCAUGCUCUCAGGAACUUAGUAGGAAAUUAUAUCACAAGUCUUGAGGACUGUGAUUUGGGGGUUAUAAAAACUUUUCAAACCUUUGAUCUCAGCAGCAUAGUUGACGAGGGAAAAAAGUUUUCCUUGGCUAUACCGGAUGAUGAAGGACCACGUAAUAGAAGAUGUCGAAGAAGAAGACGAAGGUUACGUCGCGGCGAGGUUGAGCCUAAACCUACCCCAGUGGCGCUGUCUCCUGACAGUCUUAAACGCAGUUCAACCGGAGAAUCAGAAGGAUUCUCAGAUUAUGACAACAGUACCAGCUAUGAAGAUACCGAUGGGGACACCGAUGGAGAAAAACUGGUGACUAGCCAGCAAGUCACAUCCUCCGGUGAUAAUACAGAUGUUGAUAAAGAAAAGUAUUAUAUUCAAGGUUAUCAUGUACCGUUUAGCGAAGAUGACUUACAUGAUAUCAGGCCUCAGACCAACAUAAACAAUGUCUCCAUAAGGCCAGUUGCAAGAUCCUUGUGUGCGUUUUUAAACAGCGACAGGUGUGGAACAGUUUACCUUGGAAUUCGGAAAGAUGGGAUUGUAGCUGGCUUGAGAAUUAACAGAAAACAGCGUGAUCAGUUACGUCUCGGUGUCGAUGAUAUUAUGGAUCGCGUCCACCCGUCUGUCAAACAUCAUAGUUACCAAGUGGACUUUGUACCCGUGGUGAGACAGCGAGGCAGUGACAGGCCCAGUUCAAGGGCACAAGUUGAGGAUCGCUUUGUGGUGGAGAUAAAAAUUGUGAAUUGCCCCGGUUUGAUAUACACGACUCCCACCGGAAAGUGUUUCUUCCGUCAGAAGAAUAGAAACGAAGAGUUUACAACACAAGAAGUCAGAGAGAGAACAAUCAAAGAACAAGAGGAUCUGUUUAACAGUGAAAUGCAGAGUUUGCGCAUGGAAUUGGAAGAAAUGAAGAGGAAACUCAAUGAAAAGGCAGGUUUGACUGAUAACACACCGCUCAAUUCGCCCCAUCAAGACACUUAGUCUAACAUCGCUACACAGAGGAGAGACGGUCUCCGUCAACGGAAUCAAAAACGUUUCAAGAAUUCGAGGAACUGCAGAGAAUUCUUCAAAUUUUUUGGACGAGCCAACACAGGAAGAAUUACAGGCUGCGAACUGUGUGAUAUCUUGAAAAGAAAAACCAAGUAAAUUCCGUUCUUUUUUGUGUGACAAUGCAUGAACGUACACGACAGUUACAUAAUUAUUACCUUGAUUGGGUCAGUCUCAGUCUCUGAGCAACUACACACCCACCCCUCCCCUAACCCAACACUAGCCCCAACUUGUUCUCACUUGACUUUUAUUGGGUUAGGGGAGUAGUGGGUGCGCAGAUAUUGACAUAAAUCCCUUUGUUUUGCGGUGUAAACAGUUUGGUUCGUGAAAGAGUUAAGGUUAUUUUUAAAACUAACAGCCCAACCCGUAAGCAUUUUUGUAAUUUGUUUGUUUGUUUUUUUUUAAAAUAUAUCCGCCACGUCUUCAUAUGAAUUUAUUUUUUGAAAAACUACAGAUAUAAUCUUGAGAUUUCAUAAUUGUAUUUUAGGACCAAUCCCUUUCUGCUGCACGCCAAUUGUUAUAUCGAAACCUUUGUGGUUUACUUAAUGCGUGUGUUUGUUCAUUUUUUAUUUGAAUUAUAUUAUCUGUUUUAUUGACAAAGAAGAAUUCCUUUCCAUAACUCUUGUAAGCUGUGCCACCCGUCCCCUCCCCCCUCUCCUUUUCCCCUUCCCCUCCCCCUUCAUCUCGGCUCGAACCGGCUCCUCGUCAACACUAGAAAUAAGAGUUCACAUUUUUUCCUCACCCCCCUUCACACAUACAAGUUUCGACGGCUUGUACGAAAUGCAAAUGGAGGUAAUUAUUUCCGUCAAAAAGUUAGGUCCUAGCAAGUGGUACUCUCUGACUAGGAAAGUAAUUAAAAUAUUUCUUGUUUGAAAUGUGGGGAUGCGAGCUACUGUGAAACCUGCUUAUGGUACACUAAGAAGAGGCCCAACCCAAGGCUCGUCCUCAGACUUUCCCCGCUAUUCUUGCA